AAAUUUCCAUGCCCUCUUUAUUUCUACAAUUAAUAUGCAUGGGCUAUAUUACUGUCAGAAUUUACACAAGUACUCAUUGGAAGGAUUGGUUAUAAAUUACAGGUUUGCAAAUUCGCUGCUCUCAACCAGGGGCAACGAAACUGCAAAAAGUCAGUUUCAUCCUGAAUUGUUUCCAUAGCAACCAUAUUAAGCUGGAAGGAUAAAGCACCUUUGUAGUUGCUGCCUCUAUUGAAUUACAAUGUAAAUGUUGAUGCCUGCCUGGAAACGUCAAAUGACAAUAGGUUUAUGGAAGGGAUUCAGUGGUUUGCAGCUCUGCAAUCCUGGGCUGCAUAAUUGAGAUGGAAGAGUGGCGCUUGAGCCAUUUGACUGUUCAACCAAAUUUCUUCAUCCCGUCAAAACCAGCCACUCCCUACCCGCCGAGGUCAAGAAAGGAUGCUGUUGCUGCUGUUCGGUCGCUAAGUCGUGUCUGCUUAUCUAUUUAUAAGUCUAGCCGUCUACCGUAUCUUUUACACAUUGGGACAUGACAUGUUGUUUGUUGUGGAUAAGAAUGUUAAAAAUGCAAUUACGUAACAGACCUGGCGAUCUUUGCGCUUUUCGACCCCUCGGAGCACAACGUAAACUUCAGUCCCGUACUUUUCCGACACUGUCCAACACUGUCCUCUUAAUGUGGGUAUUAAAAGCCUCGUGGUUGUGCUGCGCAUUUGAUUCCGGUUGGCUUGGGACACCCGAGUUCAGCUCUCGUUAGUCCUUCCGUUCGACCCACAAUCCCUAGUGGUUGCAGGUGUUGGGUUGUAUUUUUUUCCUGGUUAACUUCUCUCCUUCAAGGUCCCCCAACCCCUCACCCUAGGCCGGCCUCUGGGAAGAAGGGAAACAGCACGAAGUCUGCUCCAAGCACCGACCCUCAGCUCCCACGGCCCGCCGCUGGGCUGCAAGCGUGCCGCCGCUCCACUCAGGUAAACUUCGGAGUGAGUUACCUGCACUUGGAGAAGGGCCUUACCUGAGCGCGCCUCUGCCAAUGGCAGCUCACCUGAGGGAGCCCCGCAGCCAAUCACCGCGCAGCUCGUCCCUCGGGCUCGUACCCUUUAGUGAAAGAAUUCAGCUCCUUGCGAGAAAGUUACCUGUGGCCGCCCAAGUCCGCCACUUUCUGCUCUGUGGCUGCCCAUUGCCACCAUUCGGGAGGGACUCCGCGCCGCCCGGCCGCCUCCGAGCUCGGGCCCCAUGUGAGGGGGCCCCCCCCUUAUCCCACCUUUCCGGCUAGGUGAGGGCGCGAGCGGGCGAGCGAGCGAGAGUGGUGAGGGGGGACGGAAAAGCAGAAUUACCUGUAGCUCUUGUUCUGCCAUCUCGGGCGCUCUCACACACCUUCACCUGCACAGACUUGAAAGUCCAGUUUCACCAGAGGCUGAGGCUCCAGGAAAAGGGGAGCGAGUUCAUUGGAUCAAACAUGUCACAAGAGUCGGACAAGUAAGUGGAUCACACGCGCCGGCUGCUGCUACUACCACUUUGGGCUGAUGGCAACUGUAAUAAACGACUGGUGGCCUUAGUGCCCAUGCCCAGUGAGCCUCCAUUUAAUACCCGAAGAGCCUACACCAGUGAGGAUGAAGCCUGGAAGUCGUAUUUGGAGAACCCCCUGACGGCGGCCACCAAGGCAAUGAUGAGCAUCAACGGAGACGAGGACAGCGCGGCCGCGCUUGGCCUGCUGUACGACUACUACAAGGUUCCUCGAGACAAGAGGCUACUGUCUGUAAGCAAAGCAAGCGACAGCCAAGAAGACCAGGAUAAGAGAAACUGUCUUGGCACAAGUGAAGCCCAGAGUAAUUUGAGCGGAGGAGAAAACCGAGUUCAGGUCCUGAAGACUGUUCCAGUGAACCUUUGCCUGAAUCAAGACCACCUGGAGAAUUCCAAGCGGGAGCAGUACAGCACGAACGUCCCCGAGAGCCCAGCCAUCAUCCCUGUGUCAGGAAUCACAGUGGUGAAGGCUGAAGAUUUCACCCCGGUUUUCAUGACCCCACCUGUGCACUAUCCCCGGGGAGAAGGGGAGGAGCAACGCGUGGUUAUCUUUGAACAGACUCAGUAUGGCGUGCCGUCCAUGGCCGGCCAUAGCACCUACCUCAAGGACGACCAGCGGAGCACCCCGGACAGCACUUACAGCGAGAGCUUCAAAGACGGAAACGCAGAGAAAUUUCGGAGUGCUUCAGUUGGGGCUGAGGAGUACAUGUACGAUCAGACAUCAAGUGGCACGUUUCAGUACACCCUGGAAGCCACCAAAUCUCUCCGUCAGAAGCAAGGGGAGGGCCCGAUGACCUACCUCAACAAGGGACAGUUCUAUGCCAUCACGCUCAGUGAGACGGGGGACAACAAGUGCUUCCGACACCCCAUCAGCAAAGUCAGGAGCGUGGUGAUGGUGGUCUUCAGUGAAGACAAAAACCGGGAUGAGCAGCUGAAAUACUGGAAGUACUGGCACUCUCGGCAGCAUACUGCAAAGCAGAGGGUCCUCGACAUUGCUGAUUACAAGGAGAGCUUUAAUACGAUUGGCAACAUCGAAGAGAUUGCCUAUAAUGCUGUUUCCUUCACCUGGGAUGUGAAUGAAGAAGCAAAAAUUUUCAUCACCGUGAACUGCCUGAGUACAGAUUUCUCCUCCCAGAAAGGAGUGAAAGGACUUCCUCUGAUGAUUCAGAUUGAUACCUACAGUUACAAUAAUCGUAGCAAUAAACCCAUUCAUAGAGCUUACUGCCAGAUCAAGGUCUUCUGCGACAAAGGAGCAGAAAGAAAAAUCCGAGAUGAAGAGAGGAAGCAGAACAGGAAGAAGGGGAAAGGCCAGGCCUCCCAGACCCAGUGCAACAACUCCUCUGAUGGAAAGUUGGCAGCGAUACCGUUACAGAAGAAGAGCGACAUCACCUACUUCAAGACAAUGCCUGAUCUGCACUCCCAGCCGGUCCUCUUCAUACCUGACGUUCACUUCGCGAACCUGCAGAGAACAGGACAGGUGUAUUACAACACAGAUGAUGAACGAGAAGGCAGCAGUGUCCUUGUGAAACGGAUGUUCAGGCCCAUGGAAGAGGAGUUUGGUCCAGCACCCUCUAAGCAGAUGAAAGAAGAAGGGAUGAAGCGAGUGCUUCUGUACGUGAGGAAGGAGACGGACGACGUGUUUGAUGCCUUGAUGUUGAAAUCCCCCACCGUGAAAGGCCUGAUGGAAGCGAUUUCUGAGAAAUAUGGGCUGCCUGUGGAGAAGAUCGCAAAGCUUUACAAGAAAAGCAAAAAAGGCAUCCUGGUGAAUAUGGACGACAACAUCAUUGAGCACUACUCGAAUGAGGACACCUUCAUCCUCAACAUGGAGAGCAUGGUGGAAGGCUUCAAGAUCACACUCAUGGAAAUCUGAGCCCCACUCUGGGCUGCAGCCCUCAGGGCCUUCCUCCCCGGGGAAGUCGGAGGCCCCGGCCCCCAGGCCCCGCAGACCCACCUCAUCCACCGACGACUGCUGUUACACGACUGCGCUGGGGAGCAGGGCGAGGCCCGAAGACCCGGGCUGGGAUCCCUGCGUUUGGGCCACCCAAGCCCCUCGGGACAGGGCCUUGAGCCUGUCACAUCCUUAUUUAUUGUCCACCUUUUCUCCGGAGCCCGGGGCCCAGGGCCCACCAGGACUCUUCAGGUCACUGCUGGCUCCAGCUGACACGGGCCGGAGCUCUCCCUUUCAGUCCAUUGAUCCUGAAGAGCCUGAGGGAGCUCCCUCCUGCCAUCUCACCCCCGACGUCUCCUGAGUGGCUGGACAGAACGAGCCGCUUCCUUUGUCCAAGGUGGGGGAGGGGAGGUGGACACCCCUUCCUGAUCAGAAGCCUUCAAGUCUGCUCUGAGGAAGGUCAUUGGCAGGUACCCCCAGGGGUUCCUAGCGAGGCCGUGUACAGGAAGACAUUUGGCCACCGUGUAAUUACUAAGUAACCCCGAAAGUGUGCCUGGCUGUCAUGUACAUAGUGUUUAUAAUAUCGCAGUAAUAUAUUUUACCUGUGGUAUGUGGGCAUGUUUACUGCCGCAGGCCUGGGGGAGGCGCAUACCUGGAGACCCCGCUUUCUCCAAGAGGUUUCUGCCUCCGUGCUGUUCAGAAGACAUGCUGGGCGAGGGACACGGCCUUGAGGGUGUCAGGCAGUGGGUGCCAAGAUGGUUGCCCCCCGUGGGCACACCUGAGGUACCCCCGUUCCCUCUCUAUGGGCACUACCUGCCCCGAAGGCCCGCUAAGUUUGUCUCAUGGCGAUGAGCUUUGCCUGACUCUCCCUCUGAGCUAUCUGUGGGAAAGGCCGGAUUGUCUGAGGUCCCAUCUCUUCCAGCUUUGGUGUUGGUGCCGCCUGAACUUUCUGGAGAGGCCACAGGGACUUGCCAUCAGGGUUCCAUCACUGGGUCUGCCACAGAACUCCUGGGCUUUUGUGAGGAUCUGGCCACUGUGCAGCGUCUCACAGUUUACAAGCACAUCCUCAUCUCAAGUGGCUCCCUGGAGGCCCAGCUGCAGUCUGGAGAGUGGCGCCAAUGGCUCAGCUCUGACCGCCAGGCUUGGGCUGCCUUCUGGGGCUCAGCCGGCUCAUAGAGGCUGGGCUGCUGAUGCUGGAUGGGUGUGAGAAAACCCGGGGAGCCCUGGCGCUUCUGAAACCAGCGUCUGGAAGAUGGAGAGAGAACGCUUGUCCUCCUACCGGGUGUCCUAGCAGAUGAAGAGGAGGUGAAAUGCUUCCCCAAACAGUCGCAACAUCAUGUACCAUCUGGGCCACAGUUCUCUUUGAGGGGACAGGUACACGGUCUAGGGGUUCGGGUUCAGCUUUGUGAGCUGAAGCAUAGGUUUCUGGUAGCCACACUCCCUAGGAGGUCCCAGAUCUAGGGCAGGUUCUAUGGAAGGGCCCAGAUUUGUUUGUGAAGCACUUUGAUGUCUUACCUGGGGGCUUUCUCUCCAAGGGCUCCCUGCCUCCCUGCCCGCCGAGGCCCAGAGUAGGACAGAAGGGCUGCUUUCAGCCCAGCUCUCUGUCCUUGAGGCUGCAGAGGAUUCAAAUGGGCUGGAGGGCAGGUGCGUGCCGAGGAAGAUCUCUAGGUGUGGUGAGGGGGCACCUGUGUGUCUUCUGGACGCGUUACUCCUCCCUGCAGUGCCAAAGGUCGCAUCCCGGAUUUAGCUCUGCUCCAGUCUGUCCCCUCGUCCUCCACUCUGUGACUGUCACAUCCUGGACCAGCAUGUGGUGCUGAUGGGACUCAGUAUUGGAAAUGUAUGAUGUCCAAUGUGCCACCAUGCUCCUUGCCUAAGGGGUGAUUUCAGACACGAUUGCCAGGCCCAGUGGUAAAUACUAUCAGGCCAGGGCAUAGGACUCCAGAGUAGGGAAGAGAGGAAAUCUUGGGCAAUCAGACAUGGGUUCCCUGACCUUCUCUCCCCAGCCUCUGUGGACAAAAUGUUUCUGGUCCUGCCUCUGUGGACAAAAUGUUUCUGGUCCUGCCCUAGGCAGAAGAUGAACCCAAGAUACUUUUGCCUUUGUCCUAGGGCCCUGGGCAAUCAUUGUGGUGGCCACUGCCAGAACAAAGUAUAUGAGGUCAGUGCCAGCAAAGGGUGGCACACAGUGUGCCCUCCCAUCCAAUCUGUCCCCAUCUCACCACGUCGUCCUCUCUGCACUCAGAGUGCCCGUGGCUUAGCUUCGCUGUGGCCUUCACUGUGUGUGAGCAGAGCUUUGAUGAGCAAAAUUGUCCAAGGGGGGAAAAAAAAACCACUCCAGAGAAAUGGGAAAACUUGCCCCCCCCCCUUUUUUUUUUUUUUGGUUUCUUAAUCAGACUCAAAUAAAUAAGCUUUAAAAAUUCCAUGUAAGAUGAGGGACAUAUGCAACAAGUUUUUUUCUUAUACUUACCCCAAAUGCUUAGACUUUCUGGGAAAUUGGGUCCAACAGAAAAAUGCAGUCAGAUGUCAUCUUGGAAUUGGAUCCUAAAAGACUAAGGCAUGUCCCAACCCA